GUCUUGAUGUUGUUUUGCACCAUGCCCUUGUGUUGACUUUUGCAUACGAUAUUUUUCAGGCACCCGCUUUAUAUAACGCAAGAAGGCAGCUGCAAGGACACGACGAUGUGAAAGAGCCAGUGCAGCGCGACUUCACGUAGUGCAGAGGAGCCAAUGCCAAAAAAUCAAUAUACAUUGGCAUGUUAUUUGGACAAGAAAACUAGGACAACCCAGGACGUGCAUUUCUCAGCACCCAGUCAACUGCCAAAAGUGACUCAAACACAGGCCACCAGUGGAACUCAGCUGUACCACUGCAGUGCUGUGGAAAUUGCCUUCACCAGCGGCUUUGCAACAGCUGUUUCGCAGCAUGCCGGAGACAAUGCCUACGAAAUUAUUGGCCCUGAUCAUGAGAGCCCUCAAGGGGCAAACAACAUCUGUUGCAGAAGUGAGCCCGAUACCACUUGGAAGUUACCAUGACAGAUGACACGGCAGCAAUAGAUACAGAGACUGCCAUGUCUACUGCAGCUGCAACAGUGUACGAGGCAAGCAGCAGCGCGUCAGCAUCAGCAGCAGUGUCAGAAGGAACCACACCAGGCGUGGUAGAGCAACAUGUGUGCUAUCACUGACUUUUUUUGUAGUGGAUACAACUCAUUUGCUAAACAUACAAAAGCUUUUCACCACGACUGUGAGCCAGUGUUAUUGUGCAGCAAGUGCAAGACUAAGUUAGGUGUUAUAACACAGUACAAGCGUCACUUUAAUAUAUGCAAAUGCAAACAUAUUACAGUUGUUGCCUCCCCAGCCAGCCCACAUAGUGACAACAAUGUGGAACACAUGAUGGGACACACCUCUCCCCCAUUACAAGAUAGUAGAGACUGUCAGUGUUGUUGCUAGAUUGACUGGUCUUUGUAGGCAACUAGAAGGACAACACAGGUGUCAUAAGAUUGUUGUUGAUGUUGUUGUUGAAGAGGUAAAAAAGAAGUUUGAUGCAGCUGAAGUGCCAACUGAUAUUGAGCAAAUCAAAAGCAACCACCCGAGAAAGCAACACUAUCGAAAUUUGGGUAUCUAUGUGCCGCCAACUCUGGUAAGAAUGGCAUAGGACAGAAGUGUGAUGAAAAUCACACAGACACUGCUGUUGCAUCACUGGCCACAGUAAGCAGCGACUUGUAGGGCAAGAGAGUCAACUGAAACUAACAUUAUGAUAUAGUGUCAUGCUCCCAUGUGACCACUUUUCAAGUUAUUUUGCAAGAUACAG